UGGUGUAAAUUUGAUGACGAUGUAGUGUCAAGAUGUACAAAGGAAGAGGCUAUUGAGCAUAAUUAUGGAGGCCAUGAUGAUGACUUGUCUGUACGGCACUGUACAAAUGCGUACAUGCUGGUUUACAUCAGGGAGUCCAAGCUCAGUGAGGUUUUGCAGCCUGUCACAGAUCAUGAUAUACCCCAGCAACUUGUUGAGAGGCUACAAGAGGAGAAGCGGAUUGAAGCGCAGAAGCGAAAAGAACGCCAGGAAGCUCAUCUCUACAUGCAAGUGCAGAUUGUUACAGAGGACCAGUUCUGUGGACAUCAAGGCAAUGACAUGUAUGAUGAGGAAAAAGUUAAAUACACUGUGUUCAAAGUAUUAAAAAACUCCACCCUUGCUGAAUUUGUUCAGAAUCUUUCGCAAACUAUGGGAUUUCCUCAAGACCAGAUUCGGCUAUGGCCAAUGCAAGCAAGGAGUAAUGGAACAAAAAGACCUGCAAUGUUGGAUUAUGAAGCAGAUUGCAGCAAAACAAUGAUUGAGCUCAGUGACAAUGAGAAUCCUUGGACAAUAUUUUUGGAAACUGUAGAUCCAGAAAUGGCUGCUAGCGGUGCAACACUUCCCAAGUUUGACAAAGAUCAUGACGUUAUGCUGUUCUUAAAAAUGUAUGAUCCAAAAAGUCGAAGUUUAAAUUACUGUGGACAUAUCUACACACCAAUCUCAUGUAAAAUACGUGACCUGCUACCAGUUAUGUGUGAGCGAGCUGGAUUUCCGCAAGGAACUAACCUUAUCCUCUAUGAGGAAGUAAAACCGAAUUUAACUGAACGCAUUCAAGAUUAUGAUGUAUCCCUUGAUAAAGCACUUGAUGAGCUUAUGGAUGGUGAUAUUAUAGUAUUUCAAAAAGAUGACCCGGAGAACGAGAGCAGUGAGCUGGCAACUGCCAAGGAGUACUUUAGAGACCUUUAUCAUCGUGUUGAUGUGAUCUUCUGUGACAAGACAAUUCCUAAUGAUCCAGGAUUCGUGGUUACGUUGUCUAACAGAAUGAAUUACUCUCAUGUUGCAAAGACUGUUGCACAAAGACUUAACACCGAUCCAAUGCUUCUGCAGUUUUUCAAAUCUCAAGGUUACAGGGAUGGUCCUGGAAACCCUCUUAGGCAUAAUUAUGAAGGAACCUUAAGGGAUCUUCUGCAAUUCUUCAAGCCUAGACAGCCGAAGAAACUUUAUUACCAGCAGGUACAUCCAGUUACUUAA